UUCUGAUCCUCACACUUGGAAGCAUGUGGUCGCAAACUGGUUACCGUGACAUCCUUUUGCCGAUGUUCUCUCUCUAAAUCUCACCCUUUUAGAAAGACAACCAGAGGAAAAGAGACGGACAGACUGUUGUGUGGAAAUGGUUCUCUGCUUCCGGCGUUCAUCUUAUUAUGAUUAUUAGGCAUGGAUGUUACCAUCUGAUAACAAAACUGAAGAUCCAACAAUAUGUGGGUGGAGAAGAAGGUUUCGAGUGCCCAAUUUGUUGGGAAUCCUUCAACAUUGUAGAAAACAUACCCUACGUUUUAUGGUGUGGUCACACCCUCUGUAAAAACUGUGUUCUUGGCCUCCAAUGGGCUGUUGUCAAACUCCCAACUCUCCCAAUUCAACUCCCAUUCUUCAUAUCUUGCCCAUGGUGCAAUCUUCUAUCUUUUCGCCUCGUUUACAAAGGAAACCUAAAGUUUCCUAGAAAGAAUUACUUUCUUUUAUGGAUGGUUGAAAGCAUGAAUGGUGACAGAAUCAAGUCUCAUUCCUCUUGCCCGGACCACCACCUGCCGCCAGUAACCUCCUGGUCAUGGAACCGUGGUUGGGUGGCUAACCGCGGGAACUCCGCCGUGGGCCCAUGUACGCGUGAGUCGGAUCAUAAUAGUCAAGAUGCUAAUGGGACCCAUUCAAACUCUGAAAGAUUGCAGUCUUCGAUCCGUAAGUCACUCAUCUUUUUCGUUCACUUGACAGCUAAGUUUCCAUUGGUGUUUAUAUUUCUGCUUAUUGUGCUUUAUGCGAUUCCUGCAAGUGCGAUCAUCUUGGCUGUGUAUAUUCUGAUUACAAUUCUGUUUGCUGUUCCUUCUUUUCUUGUUCUGUAUUUUGCAUACCCUAGUCUUGAUUGGCUGGUAAGGGAGAUUAUAAAUUAG